AGCGCUCGCUUCCGCUGCGUCCGGAGCGGGCCAGGCCCUGUGCGCUGGUCGGGCGCGGCUAUGCGGGGCCCGUCGUGCUGUGGGAGAGCCCUGCGCGUGGGUCCGGAGCGGUGCGGCUUGGGUGCGGUCAGCGCCACGACCGAGGGCGGGAGCACGGCCAGCUGCCUGGACCGGCGCUUGGGCCUCCGAGGCUCCGCGUCCCCAGCCGACCCAGGAUGCGACCCCUUCUCCCGCCGCGCGGACCACCGUUCUUGGUCCAGGCUUCCAGCCCCUGUCCCUCUCCGAGAGCGCGCUCUGAGAGGUCCGACCCGCAGCUGCUGGCCCAGUUCUAUUAUGCUGACGAGGAGCUGAACCAGGUGGCCGCGGAGCUGGACAGCCUGGACGGGCGGAAGGACCCGCAGCGCUGCACGCUGCUCGUCAGCCAGUUCCGCUCCUGCCAGGACAACGUGUUGAACAUCAUCAACCAGAUCAUGGAUGAGUGCAUCCCACAGGACCGCGCCCCCCGGGACUUCUGCGUUAAGUUCCCCGAGGAGAUCCGGCACGACAACCUGGGCGGCCAGCUGUGGUUCGGGGCUGAGUGCCUGGCUGCCGGCUCCAUCAUCAUGAACCGGGAGCUGGAGAGCAUGGCCAUGCGGCCACUGGCCAAGGAGCUGACUCGCAGCCUGGAGGAUGUGCGGGGUGCCCUCCGAGACCAGGCGCUGCGUGACCUCAGCACCUACACAGAGAAGAUGCGGGAGGCACUGAGGCGCUUCGACGUCCUGUUCGCCGAGUUUGAGCUCAGCUAUGUCUCGGCCAUGGUGCCCGUGAAGUCCCCCAGGGAGUACUACGUGCAGCAGGAGGUCAUCGUGCUGUUCUGCGAGACCGUGGAGAGGGCUCUGGACUGCGGGUACCUCACCCAGGACAUGAUUGACGACUACGAGCCAGCACUCAUGUUCACCAUCCCCCGGCUUGCCAUCGUGUGUGGCCUUGUGGUCUACGCAGAUGGACCCCUGAACCUGGAGCGCAAGGUGGAGGACAUGUCUGAGCUUUUCCGGCCCUUCCACACAUUGCUUCGGAAAAUCAGGGAUCUGCUGCAGGCGCUGACCGAGGAGGAGCUGCACACGCUGGAGCGGAGCCUGUGCGUCUCCCAGGAUGUGGAGCUCCCCAUCCGCACCGAUGCCCAGGUGCCCUCUGCCCUGGCACCCACCUUUCCCACACCACUGCCCCCCAAGGAACCGCUGUCUGCCAAGGCCACAGAUCCAGAGGCAGAGCUGGCCUGCUCCAUGCAGUACGAUGACCAGGAGCUGGAGGAGCUCAGCCGCAUGGUGCACAGGGCCGGGGAUGAGAUGUCCUCUCUGCUCUCACCGCCCAGUGCCUGUCAGUCCCCUGCGCACAGGCCAGAGGCUGAGGGCAGGCCCCACGGGGAGCCCUCUCCGGGCAGAUCGCAGCCGAAGUUGGGUGGUGACGAGGAGGAACGGGUGUUCUUCAUGGAGGAUGUGGAGGCAGCGGAGGCACCCACUCGGGCCGAGUCCCCUGGCAGCCCCUUGGGGUGGGCAAGUGGUGCCCAGGAGAGAGGGUCGAACGGGCAGCACAUCGAGGUGGAGGUCAGCAGGGCGAAGGAGGAGGACCGGAGCAACAACAACACGGAGGACGGCCAGGUUCAGGCGCCUGGAGCCCUGGGCUCCACCUGCAGCUGCCUGGACUCGCAGCUGUACCUGGACGGCUGGGAGGUGAGCUCGGAUGAUGCGGAGACGGCGGAGAUGAUUGCCCACCGGACAGGGGGCAUGAAGCUCUCAGCCACCGUCAUCUUCAACCCCAAGUCAGCCGCCUCCCCAGACUCUGCUGCAGCCACACAGGAGGCCCCAGGCCCUGGUGUUUCCCCCCCAGAACCCAGGGCUGAGGAGCCGGGGCAGGGCUCCCACAACUGCCUGCUGCACUCCUGUGUGUGCUGCGGAAGCUGCAGGGACGGCAAGGAGGAUGCCAUGGAGCGGCUGCGGGAGAAGUGCAGCCCCGGAGGGGUCAUCAGCGCCUCCCACCCCGCUGCGGGUUUGGCCAAAGCCAGCGACAAGGCCAAGGCUGCCCUGCCCACAGACGGUGCCCCUCCAUCCAGCAAGUGCCUGGCGUCCACCUCAGGGGCCCAGCGGCACACAGCAGGCGGGACCCAGGGAGAAGGUGAGGCCCCAUACCAGCAGGAGGAGCCUGUGGCCCAAGAGCGGAACCUGGGGAAGCCCAUCUCAGCCAGGGGCGACAGCCUGCAAAGAGAUGCCACUCAGGAGGAGCCACUGCUGCCCUUGGGCUCUAGUGGCUCCAUGUUGGUUUCCUGCAUCACAGACAAGACCGGGCUGGAGGUGGCCCCUGCAGCCACGCCUGUCAACCCCACGGUCACACGAGAGAAGAUCCGCUCCAGGUUCCACGGCAGCCACGACCUGAUCCACCGGCUGUUUGUCUGCAUCUCAGGGGUGGCUGACCAGCUGCAGACGAACUAUGCAAGUGACCUGAGGAGUAUUCUCAAAACACUGUUUGAAGUCAUGGCCACCAAGCCAGAAACGGAUGACGAGGAGAAGCUAAAGAAGGUCACCCAGAGCCUGCGGAGUGCAGCCUUGGAGGACUGUGCACUGUGCCAGGAAACCCUGUCGUCCUCUGAACUUGCGGCCAAGACCCGUGACGGAGACUUCGAAGAUCUUCUGCUCUCGCUGCUCCUCUCACUCGGCACCACUGCCCCGCUAUGGACAGGUGAAGCCGGUGCGCGUGUGCACGCACUGCUACAUGUUCCAUGUCACGCCCUUCUACAGCGACAAGGCGGGCAUGUGACACAUGGCCCUGUGCCCUGGACCCGCCAGGGCUGCUGGGAAGGAGGCGAUGCCCUGCAGGGGGGCCUGCCGCAUCUCAUCAAGCCGCAGCCUUGCCCUCCGUCCUGGCUCCCACCUUGGGGGACCCCAGACCAGGCAUGGGGUGGACAGAAGUCAGCCUCGCUGGCCCCAGGGCCUGGUAGCUCUGCCCAGGCAGGGCGCCUGGCUGAGCAGGGCUGGGCUCUGCUGUGUGUGCCAGGGCGGGAGAGCAGCCACUCUGCAGCCUUGUCUGUGGCGGAGAAUCUGCAGGGACUCUGCAGCCCAGUGCCAUGGCUCCCUGUGUGCUUCCCGCCCUACACACUCCCCAGUGCCCACUGCCCACCUCAGGACCCUGCUUCAAAAUGCGUGGCUCAUUUUUUCCGGGAGAGGAAUGCAGGAAGUGGACCCAGUGGUCCCCAGGGCAAGUGGACAUGCCCUGGGCAUCCGCAUCCGCAUGCCAGGCGCAGACUCACGGUCACACGUUUCCCGGGCUCCCGGGCCCUGGGCUCCUGGGCCUGCUUGGCUGGCACGACCCCUUCCCUGGGCCCAGGGGCAGCUGGGGUCCAGGCUGGCCCCAGAGGGACCCUGGUCCAGACACCUCCUCAGGCUUUAAUCUCAGGCUUCAUGUUGCAAUGAUGAUUGCAGUUUUAUUUUUAGAGAGAUGACACACCUAUUGCUUCUUUUAUAGAACAAAAUCAAAUACUGUCUAGUGGCAGAACACAUGUACACAGAAAUGGCUUCUGUGGGGGAGAGUGUGUAACGGAGGAAAUAUUAUGUAUUGAGAUUAUUUUAUUUUCUAAAUGCUAUAAUUCAGAGUCAUUUCCAUAAAUCUGUUUAAGGAUUGCA